AUGGCGCAGACUGUAGAUACUGACAGCCAAUUGCCGCUUAAAGGCGUAGUCUUAUGUUAUACGUCAAUAGCACAGGAUGUUCGCACCAAACUCGCCGAUGCCGCGUCACAGAUGGGCGCCAUUCAUAAACUGGACCUCACUUCCGAUGUAACACAUCUGCUUGUUGGCGCCACCGCGACACCCAAGUAUCGCUAUGUCGCCAAAGACCGACCCGACAUCAAACCCCUGGCACCUGCAUUCAUAGAUGCUGUUCGAGAAGUGUGGAUGGAGGGCGGUGAUGUCGACUUGGGAGCGUUGGAGAAGGAGCACAUGAUCCCACCUUUCUCUGGAUUACAGAUAUGUCUGACCGGGUUCGAGGACAUGUCCAAGAGGAAAGAGAUCGAAGAGACUGUGAAAGGGAACGGCGGACGGUAUAAUGGCGAUCUGACCAAGCACGUCACACAUCUUAUUGCUGCCAGACCAGAAGGUCCCAAGUACACGCACGCCAAGCAGUGGCAGAUCAACGUGGUGAGCCUCAAGUGGAUCGAGGACUGCUUGGUGCGAGGUAUGGCUCUAGACGAAACUCUUUACCGACCCGAGCUGCCUCUAGAACAGCAAGGCAAAGGUGCGUUUCGCACAAAGAGACCACUGGACAAACGACCACGAGAAGCUGCACCAGUUGCGGCUGGAGAAAAGCCGGGUCGCAAGAAGAUGCGGAAAUCAGCUUCGAUGCGACUGGACUCGCAAAGUCAGGACAUGUGGCGAGAUAUAUCUGCUCAGGAGGUACAAGUGGACAACACGGAAAUGGAUGCUUGGAAUGACGAAAGCCAAAGCGCUGCUCCGGUGCCGAGACCAGCAUCGCGACACAGACCGGAGGCGCCAGCAGAGCCCGCUGCACACCGCGAACAGAAUGGUCUCUUCUCUGGGCAUUUCAUCCUCAUACAAGGGUUCGAUGAUGCGAAAGCGAGGAAGCUGAAGCGGUUUCUCGAACCCAACGGAGCCACGAUCGUUCAAUCGCCCAAUGAGCUCGAGGCUGCCUCAGGAGUAUCUGGCUUCCAAAGUCGAUGUCUUCUGAUGCCCCAUGCACAGCCGAUUGUUCUACCAGGCGUCCCACCAGGAACCAUACUCGUCACAGAAUGGUGGGUCGAGCGAUGCAUACACUACAGGCGCCACCUCGAUCCACAAGAGGAUUCUUUGAGCUCCCCACUCACAAAUGCUCUGGUGACAGGCUUCGCAAGCCUUACCAUAUCUACCUCGGGAUUCGGUAGCGUGGACCUGCGGCAGACUGCGGAGGCAGUGAAGUUAAUGGGCGCCACUUAUCAGGAAUCUUUGUCUCCUAACACAUCAGUCCUAGUCUGCGCGGCGGAGAACUUGAAACGCGAAAAGGCCUUGUACGCGACGAAGCACGGCAUUCCUGUUGUGUCGGCGGACUGGCUUUGGGCAUCGUACAAGGACAAGCAAAGCGUAUCUUUUGACAGGUUCAGGAUCAGCUUGGAAGCAUUCGACGCGAAAGAGCUUCGCACCAGCUCACCAGCGGCAAGCACAGAACGAAGUGACAAUCGCUCAUCCCGAGGGUCUGGCCAGGAUGCGAAGUGGACAGAUGAUCUUCUGCAGCCCAAACGUUUAUCCAAUACACGCAAGCGACAUGCAGUGCCAGCGCUGCAGCUCAAAGCCCCUGCGCCAAAGUCAUCAAAGCUGAAGCCGAGAUCUGGACCAUUCGUCUACGAGGAAGAUGAAGACGAUGCAGUGAUUGUGAACAACGAUCCGCCAGCACAUGAAGAACAGGCCGGAGUGCAAGAUCCGCUAUCACCACCAAGUGACGGUCCGCUGCGAGAGAUAUCACCAAACGCCUCUCAGCAGCGGAGCCAGCAUGGGGGAGACUUGGGCAGAGGUGAGGCUGACAAGGCAGACCCAUUCGUGCCCGAAAAGAAAGGCAAGACAGCCGAACUUGAGGCGCCGAUCAAAUCCCCGAAGAAGAGCCCCAAACGGAGUCCAGUGAAGGACGGCGGUCAAGGCCUCAAGACUGCGCAAGAGUUGACCUCGAAUCUGGCCAGCCUUCUCGGGCGUAAGGACUCGGACAACCCAGGCUCGUCCGGAGGACCACAGAAGAGGAAGCACCGACCACUAGGCCGUAACCUCAGUGGCAUCUCGAACCGCUCUGCUUCGGCUUCUGGCUCUCCAGCUCUACCGGCUGAGGUCUCUGAGUCCAUGGACGCUGAUGGUUUCCACUUCUCCAAGAUGGCGCCUGAAUUACCGCCUAGUACGCAGCUAGGCUACGAGACGCCCGAAGUAGAAGCACAUCUCCGGGAGAUGAGCAAGAAGAUGGGCACUACCUUGCUGCCGGAUGAGCUGAGUGGUAGGCGCGUCUCGAACAAGGCCACAGUGAAGGACAGUAGUGAGGUUGUUGCCAAGACGUCAGCGAUGGCGGCGGUUGGUAGUAGAGCCAAGGUGAGGACUAGAGCGAAGGGAUGA